CCCGAACCGAGCCAUGUUGUAGGAAAUCCGUUUGCGGCGGAUUAUUGUAAUCCGACAGAGGGUCUGGACGACACCUCGGAUCACGACGGAGACGCGGAGAAUACAGGGACUCAAUGGGGCGAUGAUCUGACGCCCCUGAACGCACCAUCUUCGGCUCCUGAACGCACCACUUGAGGCUCCUGAACGCACCACCUGAGGCUCCUGAACGCACCAUCAGGCCGUUUCCUGGAGCAGCGCAUCCGUCUGAGACGCACUGAGCGCGGCUUGGCAGCAGCGGAGAGAGAGCGGGACUUUACCGGGAAGCGUUAAUUUGUUCGUUAAAGCGCCCCCCCCCCCCCCCCCUCUACCCUCCACCCCCCUUUCGUCCGGCUCGGCUCGGCUGAAAUUAGCCAGCUAGCUCAGCCCAGCUGCUCCAGGAGGAAUCGAUCCGAGUACUUUUACACACUUUUGUGUUUUUCUGUCCGAGCUGCCGCUCGACGAGGAGGCAACAUGUCGACGAAGGACCCGAACCCGAACCCGAACCCGAACCCGAUCCCGAUGUCGACCACCGAGCGGCCCGUGAAAGCGGUGCCGUAUCCUCCCGGGACCCGCCUGUCGGUCAAAGACCUGUUUGUGGACGGGAGGCCCAGCGUGGAGGUCCUGAAGGCCCACCUGGUGAAGGAGGGCCGGCUGGAGGAGGAGACGGCUCUCCGGAUCAUCAACGACGGGGCCGCCAUCCUGCGGCAGGAGAAGUGCAUGCUGGAGGUGGAGGCGCCCAUCACAGUGUGUGGAGACGUCCACGGACAGUUCUUUGACCUGAUGAAGCUGUUCGAGGUGGGCGGAUCCCCCAGCAGCACCCGUUACCUGUUCCUGGGGGACUACGUGGACCGGGGCUACUUCAGCAUCGAGUGUGUGCUGUUCCUGUGGGUGCUGAAGAUCAACCAUCCCAACACCCUCUUCCUGCUCAGAGGAAACCACGAGUGCCGACAUCUCACAGAGUACUUCACCUUCAAGCAGGAGUGUAAGAUCAAGUACUCUGAGAGGGUAUAUGACGCCUGCAUGGAUGCGUUCGACUGCCUCCCUCUGGCUGCGCUCCUCAACCAGCAGUUCCUGUGUGUUCACGGAGGUCUGAGCCCGGAGGUCACCUGUCUGGACGACAUCCGGAAGCUGGACCGGUUCAAGGAGCCUCCGGCCUUCGGGCCCAUGUGUGACCUGCUGUGGUCCGACCCGGGGGAGGACUACGGCUCAGAGAAGACCCAGGAACACUUUUGCCACAACAGCGUGAGAGGAUGCUCGUAUUUCUACAGUUACCCUGCGGUGUGUGACUUCCUGAUGAACAACAACCUGCUGUCUGUAAUACGAGCUCAUGAAGCUCAGGAUGCCGGGUAUCGAAUGUACAGGAAAAGUCAGACGACUGGCUUCCCUUCUUUAAUCACCAUCUUCUCUGCUCCCAACUACCUGGACGUGUACAAUAACAAAGCGGCGGUUCUGAAAUAUGAGAAUAAUGUGAUGAACAUCCGUCAGUUUAACUGCUCUCCUCACCCCUACUGGCUGCCCAACUUCAUGGACGUCUUCACCUGGUCUCUGCCCUUCGUCGGAGAGAAAGUCACAGAGAUGCUGGUGAACGUGUUGAACAUCUGCUCUGACGACGAGCUGAUGUCAGAAGGAGACGACACGUGUGAAGGUGGAACUCCAGCCGUCAGGAAGGAGGUGAUCAGGAAUAAGAUCCGGGCAAUUGGAAAGAUGGCUCGAGUCUUCUCUGUGCUCAGAGAGGAGAACGAGAGUGUGUUGCAGCUGAAGGGUCUGACCCCGACAGGAACGCUGCCGGUCGGAGUUUUGUCCGGAGGUCGGAGAACUCUACAGAGCGCAACCGUAGAGGCAGAGGAGGCACGAGGUUUCAACCCGCAGCACAAGAUCCAGAGCUUCGAGGAGGCUCGAGGUCUGGACCGAAUCAACGAGAGGAUGCCCCCCCGCAAGCAGGAGGCCCCGCCCCCCAACAACCUGCCGGCCAGCCCUGGACCCCCAGACAAGAACGGCACCAAGGCACAGGCCUAAAUCCCCACCUCCUAUUCCCUCCUAUUCCUAUUCCUCCCUUUUCCUGUUCCCCCUAUCCCUAUUCCCCCUUAUUCUCCCUCCUAUUCCUCCUAUUAUCCCUCCUCUUCCCCCUCUAUUCCUCAUAUGCUCCCUCCUAUUCCCCCCUAUUCCUCAUAUUCUCCCUCCUAUUCCCCCUUAUCCCCCCCUAUUCCCCCUUAUUCUCCCUCCUAUUCCUCCUAUUAUCCCUCCUCUUCCCCCUCUAUUCCUCAUAUGCUCCCUCCUAUCCCCCCCUAUUCCUCCUAUUCUCCCUCCUCUUCCCCCUCUAUUCCUCAUAUGCUCCCUCCUAUUCCCCCCUAUUCCUCCUAUUCUCCCUCCUCUUCCCCCUCUAUUCCUCAUAUGCUCCCUCCUAUUCCCCCUUAUUCUCCCUCCUAUUCCCCCCUAUUCCUCCUAUUCUCCCUCCUCUUCCCCCUCUAUUCCUCAUAUGCUCCCUCCUAUUCCCCCUUAUUCUCCCUCCUAUUCUCCCUCCUCUUCCCCCUCUAUUCCUCAUAUGCUCCCUCCUAUUCCUCCUAUUCUCCCUCCUAUUCCCCCUUAUCCCCCCCUAUUCCUCCUAUUCUCCCUCCUCUUCCCCCUCUAUUCCUCAUAUGCUCCCUCCUAUUCCCCCUUAUUCCCCCUUAUUCUGCCUCCUAUUCCCCCUUAUUCUCCCUCCUAUUCCCCCCUAUUCCUCCUAUUCUCCCUCCUCUUCCCCCUCUAUUCCUCAUAUGCUCCCUCCUAUUCCCCCUUAUUCCUCAUUCUUCCCCCUAUUCCCCUUUAUUCCCCCUUAUUCCUCAUAUGCUCCCUCCUAUUCCCCCUUAUUCCCCCCUAUUCCUCAUAUCCUCCCCCCUAUUCCUCCUAUUCUCCCUCCUCUUCCCCCUCUAUUCCUAAUAUUCUCCCUCCUAUUCCCCCUUAUUCCUCAUUCUUCCCCCUAUUCCCCUGUAUUCCCCCUUAUUCCUCAUAUUCUCCCUCCUAUUCCCCCUUAUUCCCCCUUAUUCCUCAUAUUCUCCCUUAUUCCUCAUAUUCUCCCUCCUAUUCCUCCUAUUCCCCCUUAUUCUCCCCCCUCUGGCCCUCCUCUCCUCCCUCCUUGCUUCCUUCCCUCCUUUAAGAGCAGGAGAAGAAGCCGUUCAGAGCGACUCAUCGUGCUUAAUUUAUUUCAUCUAUUAAAUAUCAUAGUUGAGGACUGAACCUGCUGAAUCCCGACCGUCCGGUCUGAUCCGGUUCUGUUCUGAAUCCGGUUCUGGUUCCGGUCUGAUCCGGUUCAGUUCUGAAUCCGGUUCUGGUUCCGGUCUGAUCCGGUUCAGUUCUGAAUCCGGUUUUGGUUCCGGUCUGAUUUGGAUCCGGUUCUGGUUCUGGAUCCGGUUCUGGUUCCGGUCUGAUUUGGAUCCGGUUCUGGUUCUGGAUCCGGUUCUGGUUCUGGAUCCGGUUCUGGUUCCGGUCUGAUCUGGUUCUGUUCAGGCAAACCCACCUUACAGUCUGUUGGUUUCUGGGACAACAUCUUUCUUUCUAUCAGCGUUUUAUUUUGGCGGGGGAGGAAGUGACACACAUGCACACACACACACGCACGCGCACACACACACACACACACACACGGUGCAUAAAUCCAUCUUUUCUUAUGCCAACGAUCGUGUGACUUCGCUCUGCGGAGCGAGUAUUGACAUUUAUAUGAAAUAUGUACAUUUUAAUUGUUCCCUCUUUUCAAUGUGACGCUUCUUUUGUUUUUUACAACAUAGAUUUAGGGUUCUUGUCCAGAGGGGGGGUGGGGGGGGUGAGGGGGGGUCACAGUUCAGGUUUAAAUCUGAACUCAAGGUUCACUUCUGGGUAUGAUGAUGAUGAUGAGGAGGAGGAGGAGGAGGAGGAGGAGGAAGAGGAAGCCAGUAAGUGGACCUUGAGUUCUGGAUCCAAAGCAGCUUCCGGUCUCACUGACGGGUUCAGAACCCAAAGAAAGAACCCGGUUUGACUGAAGGGGAACCCUGUGAGCCCGGGGGGGGGGGGGGGGGGGGGGGCUCUUUCUGACUUCUGUCCUCAGAACAUAUCUCACAGGAUGUACAGAACCUUUCAAAGUAAAGCAGCUCAAUUUAAAAAGAAUCUGUCGAUGUUUCACUUCAUUCAAAUAAAUAAACAAAAGUGAA